AUGUUGUCUACCGCGUUCGCCCCCGCUCUCCGUCGCGCCCCCUUCGCGCUCCGUCGCCCAUUCUCCUCCACUACCUCCGCCUCCUCUCUCCUCAAGACGACCGCCCUCACGCGUCCACUACCCGCGACGCUCCGCAGCCAGCUCCUCGCCCGUGGCGCUGCGAGCUCCGUUUCCGGGCAACCUGGCUCCCAGACCCUCGGGCACGCCGCGCAGAACAUCCGCGAGGAGCUCGGGCAUUCCGCCUCAGACCUCGCAAAGACCAUUGCCGCGGGCAACGCCUAUACGGAUGGCGUCGCGCCCUCGAAUCAGACUUUCCUCGGCAUCACCAAUUCGGUCGCGCACUCCGUCCCCACGCCCUACGUCGUGUUUGGUCUUGCUGGAGGCAUCCCGUACCUUGGCGCCUCGGGCGCGACGGUCUACCUCGCCCACCAGGCAGGUAUGGCUACCCAAGGUCUGAUCCCCAACAUGGACCCCGGCGUGGCGAUCACGCUCCUCGACCAGGCCUUGAAUCUCCAGACGACCUACGGAGCGGUGAUGCUCUCCUUCCUCGGCGCGCUCCACUGGGGCUUCGAGUUCGCAGGCUAUGGCGGCCACAAGUCGUACUCGCGUCUGCUCCUCGGCGCUGCACCCGUCGUCUUCGGCUGGUCGACGCUCGCGCUCCUGCCCACGAGCGCGCUCAUCGCGCAGUGGGCGGGCUUCACCACACUCUGGUGGGCUGACCUGAAGGCGACUGGCGCCGGGUGGACGCCCAAGUGGUACUCGCAGUACCGCUUCUACCUGUCCAUCCUCGUGGGCUCUUGCAUCAUCGCUUCGCUCGCGGCGACGAGCUACUGGGGUCCUGUGGGCGGGCACGGGCUCGUCAGCCACGACCUCCAGAUGAUCCGCGCGGAGCGCAAGCAAAAGCAACCGGAGACCGAGGGCAUUGUGAAAGGCGCUAUCGGUACGGUUGCGGCUCAGGAGGACAGCGACAACUACGUCAUGAUCAAGCACAACGAGCCGAAGGAGGAGUCUCCGAAGCAGGAACAGCAAAAGCAACAGUAA